ACGAUCGAUAGCGUUACAGAGAGGCAGGAGCUACCUAGAGAUUGUACGCUCUCGAUCUUUUCUUUGGAUCAUCACCAAUGGGGUCUGCACUGUUGUCGAUGGUGCGGAUGAUGACGCCGAAGAAGGACGGCGCGCCGCCGGUUUUCGUGCAGGACCUGCACCGCGAGGACCAAACUCUCCAGGAACGCUCCGUGUGCGGCUGCGGCAGCCAAUCGCUGCCGCACCACGGGACGACGGCGACUCCCUGCCGCCUGCGCACCGAAGAGGAGCGCGACGCCUCCAUCACCUGCCAUGUCCACCACGCCCUCCGCCACUACAACGCCAGCAACCCGGGCUCAGAGUUCGUCCUCGUCAAGCCUCUCAUGGCCGCGUACGUGGGCUUCCAAAGCCACAUCUGGGUCCACGUCGGCUUCGUGGCUCGCAGGAAGAAAAUCGCCAGCAGCAAACGGAGGCGCAACCAGGCCAACGAGGCGGACAAGACCUUCUUCGCCGAGCUGCGCUACAGCCACCACCUCUCCGGCGCGCCGGCCGUUGAAACAUGCGCCAUCAUCGAGAAGUCGUCCCGCAAAAGUCACUUGAAGACCGCGUGUGCAUUUUGCCCCGAGAGCUUUCAGAUUUUGCACCCCCUUGACGGCAGCUUCCUGUGCGGAAAGAAGAGCCAGACAAAUGAAGGACAGGGUUUCACACAUUUCACGAACCUGCUUGAGUUGCCGUUCACAUGCCCCACGGCUAAUGGGGAAGGCAAGGAGGAUGCGGCAGCCCCACAGGAGGAGGAGCAUAGUAGCACCCUGAGCUGGGCUGCUCUCCCCUUUCAUUUUAUCGGUAAUCUUAUUACAAGGGUUUUGCCAGCCUUAAUUCGAUGCUAGUGUAGGGACUACAUCAGGCGCAAAGCUAGCGAGAAGUUAAUACAAUGAGUUCAUGUUGAACCUCAUGAAGAGUGACGUAUGAUAAUAGCAAGGCCAUGUAUCAGACUCUGAGAUUUUGAAGUUGAUGUAUGUGACUGAAUUUCUUCUGUAAUAAGCAGCUGCAUUGCAC